AGGUCGGUGCAUCGCUGCUGCAGUGCUGCUGAUUUCUGGAGCUGAGGUCAGAUGCGUUAAACGAUUAAGCAUUAAUCAAAUGGGAGAAAAUAUUUGGGGGUCCCGACUGCCAAGCCAGCGUGUACGCCUACCAAUGAGGAAGUGACGCGUGGCUCCACGAUGCGCUGGUGGUUCCACUGGUUUUUCUGCACAAAAUAAAUUAUUUUCCCUUUUCUGCUUAAAAAUUUACAGUCAUUAAUAAAUCUGCUGCCGCUUUUUUCUCUCUCCUCUCUAAUGGAGUAGGCCUGCAUGCAUUAAAGGAGCUUUGCCUCUCGUCCUUUCUUUCCUUCUCACUUCAAAAUUUUGGGUGAGAAUUCGCUCUCUGGCCCAAAGCACGUUGCUCCUCCGCCUUGCUCCGGCGCCGGGUCAUCUUCGCUCUCUGCCCCAGAGCUCGUUGCUUCUUCGGCCUGCGUCGUUGUGUUCCUUCUCCGCCCUCUGCUCCCGUGUGGUUUCCCUGCGCAAGACGGCGAGAAAUGUUCUUGCUGUAAGUCGCAAACUCCAAGCGACAAGAAGUUCCAGCUCUCUCCGAUUCGGCUUCGGUUCUGCUACGUUCGCGGCUCAUACCAAGAAGGGAAGAAAACCAGAAAGAAUUCAAAAAGGGGGAAAAUGGCGGAAGUCGUUCUGUGUGCGGCUUCCACAGUGGCAGGGUGCCUGGUGGCUCCGGUCAAUCGCCUUUGCGGCUAUGUGAUAUCCUACGACAGCCACGUUCGCGAACUUAAGGCCAAAAUUGCGGAGUUGGGCAACGCGAGGCAAAACGUGCAGGAUUCCAUCAAGGAUGCUCAAAACAACGUGAAGCCUAUCAAAGCCCAUGUCAAUAAAUGGAUGGAAGAUGUAGAGAAGGACACCGGGGAGGCGCACCGUGUUCUGGAUGACGACGAAAGAGCUAAGAAAACUUGCUUCUACAGGUGGCUUCCCAAGGUGCGAUAUCGUCUCGGCAGGGAGGCGAGGAGGAAAGCCGAAGACAUCCAGGGACUCAUUGAUCGGAAACCAUUUGGGGAGGUCUACGACGAUCCUCCUCCAGGGCUCGUUGAUGGCACUUCUGACGUGAUUUCCUCGGCUGGUGAUCAAGGUGACACUAUCUUCGAUUCUCGAGCUUCCAUCUUAGAGGACAUAAGGAAUGCUCUGGAUCACGAGAAGCACAAGGUGGUUGGGGUCUACGGGCCUGGCGGCGUGGGGAAGACGACACUGUUGGAGGAAGUUGAGAAGAAACUCAGGAAAGAGGGGAGACCAUUCGACAUGAUCGUCAAAUCGAAAGUGUCGCAGACUCCGGACUUGAAUGAUAUCCAAUACCAAAUCGCUGACGACUUGAAUCUGAAUCUGAAGGACAAGCAAAGCCAAGUCGGGGAAGAAGAGAUCUUUUGUUUAAAGGAUGAUGAAGCUUUUGAGCUAUUUGAAAAGACAGUUGGCGACAAGCUCAAAGACGACGAGGAAUUUGAAAGUAAUAGCGCAUCAAGUCGUCAACAAGCUCGCAGCAACGUGCAUACAUGGAGAACCAUGUUGAUAAAAAUAGAGGAGCCGAAUGUGGAAACCAUAGUGAAGUUGAGUUACGACCAUUUGAAGAGCAAGGAUGCCAAGACUUUAUUCUUGCUCUGUGGUCUUAUUGGCGGGACCAUUCAAGUCGAAACUCUGCUGGUUCUAGGCAUGGGUUUGGGCUUGUUUGAGGAAUUCAGAAGGACGAUGCAAGCUUCGAGGGAUAGAUUGAAUACUAUACUCGAUGAACUCCGUUCCGCUUGUUUGUUGCUGGAUGAUGGUAAUGACAAGAACAAUGUGACCAUACAUGAGCUGCUGGAUGAUGAUGACUACAAGAACAAUGUGACCAUACAUGAUUUUUACAGCGAGGUGGUUGUCUCAACUUCAUUUUGGGAUCAGAAUUCUUUGAUGAUGAACAGCAAUUAUGGCUCGUGGUCAAAGGAAAAGCUUGAGAAAUGUUGGGCUAUAUGCCUAGCUGAUGUUGACAAAAAGAGAUUUGAUGAACUAAUGAUGUGUCAGUUUCCUGACUUGAAGAUACUGAUGUUGUCUCAACCAAAAGGCUGGCGUUGGAUGGGAGAACACGAACAUGAAGUGGGAGAUUGCUCGAGACUACUAGAUUUCACAUACAUGAAGGAGCUCCGUGUCCUAUAUUUUCAUUCCAUGCAUAUCACCAGUUUACCUCCCUCGAUUGGAAUCCUCGGGAACCUCCACUCUUUAUACUUAGACUGUUGCGAUGUGAAGGAUGUGGCAAUUCUUGGCAAGCUCAAAGCAUUGCAGAUUCUCAGCUUCGCACAGUCCACCAUUUCUCAGUUGCCUAAAGAAAUCGGGAACUCAUAA